AUGCAGUCGUUAUGUUUAACCGUCGAUAGAUCCAUUCAGAGCAACGUCGCUGCUGCGCAGGUUUCCACGCCCGUGUCGCUGUCGACUCCCAUGGUCGUUGCGACUCAGAUCGAGCCGCGGAUCGAAAUCUCUGCAUCCCGACAGCACAUCCGUCCGCAGGUUCUGAGCCUCGCGGCAGAGCCGUUGGAGCGCCGAUUCGCAGGGCGGCUUGGCGCGCGUGUUCCGCGUGUUCUCGAGAUCUUGAGCGUCGCAGAUCUGGAGCCUCGCAGGUCCGCCGGAGCUAUCCCUGCCGACCGACCAUCGGCAUGUCGUCCUCCGUGUCUCACGGCAGCUUGCAACGCGCAGCAGCGGCCGCUCAAAGCGGAUGUUCUCAGCGGGAAUGCCAAGCGGGCGCGAGGAGAGCAACAGGGUGGCAGUGGCGAUGUGAGAGGAACGAUUACUGCAGGCAGCAUGGCAAUCGACAUUAUUCACUCGCCUCACCAAGCCUUUCGUGCCUCUCACUUCUCUCCUGCAAUCUCCGCGCCUCUCCUCAUGGCGACGGCUGGCAUGCGCGUGCUGGUGCUGGCAACGCUGGCGGUGGGGCUGCUGGCGGCGGCAGUGAGUGGAGCGCGGGACGCCAUGAAGGUAGCCAGGGGCCUCGUCCCAACGGAGGGGGGCGCGCCUGGCGGGGCGGGGGCGGCGGGGCAGCAGAGGAAGGGCGCGCGCAUUCUGGCGGCUGAGACCUUCGCUCACCACGCCCCUCUGCCCGGCUACCUCGACCACAUCCCCCGCCGCCAGGCCCUCGCUACCUGUACGCUACGCUGCUCCCUCAUUUCACUCUCUUCUCUGCCUUGGUUCCUCAGCUCUGCUUUUCCCUUCUUCUCACUGCCCGUCCCUGCUCUCCUUGCCUCUCAUUUCUCUGCUCUCCUUGCCUCUCAUUUGUCUGCUCUCCUUACCUCUCAUUUCUCUGCUCUCCUCGGCUCCCAUUUUUCUGCUCACCUUGCCUCUCAUUCUGCUGCUCCCCUUGGCUCGCCGUGCGGGCGCACGACAGUGACGAUCCGCUCGCAGUACCUGGGGCCGUACGACCUGCACAACGACAUCUACAACAUGACUUUCUACAACGGCUGCGCCUACAACGUCACCAGCCCGCUGCGCGUGUUUCAGUGCUUCAACUUCGGCAACGUGUGGGAGGGCAUCCUCGACAACCCCGCGCCCAACCCCUCGCAGUACCAGCAAGGCGAAAUCUUCGUGCAGACAACGCCGGGGUACUGUGAGAUGCGCAUGAACCGCGGUGCCAGCGGCACUCUGCAGAUGCUCCCCGGGGAGACCGUCAACAUUGUGUAUGCGUACUUGUGGGACUUCAGGCCCUGCGUGCAGGAGCUGCGCUUCGGCAACGGCAACAGCUACUCCAUGACCAACACCACCGAGUGCCAGCUCGCUGCUGUCAUUUAG